GUGUAGCUUCAGUUAGUAUGUUCUGAAUCGUCAACGCUACAUGCGUUUUAACCACAUUUGUCUAGCUGUUUAGAUCUCAUCAUUGUGAACCGUAAAGUAUCAUCCGAUAGACAAGAUGUGGUGGAAUACGGUUUGCGUCGUCCUGACUCUCAUCGCAAGUACCCACUCGGCUACUUUCACGGUUACUUCCCAGGUGUUUAUGGAUGUAUCAAUCAACGGGAAGGAGGAAGGUCGCGUCAUUAUAGGAAUGUUUGGCGAAGAAGCUCCGAAAACGGUGGACAAUUUUCGACAUAUUUGCAUACAUGGAAUAGACGGUAUUUCGUACAAGGGCAGUCGGUUUCAUCGAGUGAUCAACAAGUUUAUGGUUCAAGGAAAGUGUGGUGACAUCGUUUCCGGCGAUGGGCACGGAUCAGUCAGUAUCUAUGGGAAAUAUUUCGAAGACGAGAAUCUGCACAUCAAUCACAGUAGUUCCGGCUUCAUAGCGAUGGCCAACCGGGGUCCCAACACCAAUGGGUGCCAGUUCUACAUAACCACUGUGCCUGCUCCGUGGCUCAACGGGAAGCACACCAUUUUUGGGAAGGUUUUGGACGGCCACGGUGUGGUACACAAGGUAGAACAGCAGAAGACCGACACGGACGACUACCCAGUGCCAACGAUUAUCAUCGAGGAUUGUGGUGAUCAUCCGAUGGGGGAUCCUUUCACCGUUUCUGACGAUCCAUAUGACCUGUGGGCCUGGAUAAAAGCGGCAUAUGUUCCUCUCGGGAUGAGUUUCUCAAUUCUUGCCUUUUUCCAGUACAUUAUCAGAAAGCUGGAUAUCUAUACCUAAGCAAACACAUUUUAAAACUUAAUUUUGAUUUAAGAAUUAUUUUUUAAAAUAAAUUUUGAAUUAAAUUUUUUCUCAA